GCGCUUAAUCGCAGCCGAGUUUGCGUUUGUGGCUGCCAUAUUUCUUUCCUGCUUGUCUUUCAACGAGAAAAGACUCGAGAUGGCAACCUCUUCGCACCUCAAUUGGUUGAUCAUUCGCAACAACAACGCUUUCUUGUUGAAGAAGCGUGAUGUGAAGAGACCCUUCAGCACAGAACCCAAUAAUCUGACCAAUGUCAGCUCUUACCGCUACAGCGGUGUAGUGCACAAGAAGACUCUUGGAGUUGUGCCUGCUGCUGAUAAGAAGGGCUUUACUGCCGUGCUUAAGAAGGGCAAAUAUGGCCAGCGCCCCGCGAAGAACACAGUUCGUGUUAACUUCAAGGCCGGUCCUCGUCGCUCGCUGAAGAAACUGAAGAACCUGUUGAUUGGCUCCAAGUACCGCAAGGAUCUGACACAGGCUGCUCUUCGUCGUGCCUCAGCUGUUCUCCGCUCCCAGAAGCCCGCUCAGGUUAAGGCCAAGAAGCCCGAGUAAAAUGCGACCAGAUAAGAUUAAUGGUGGAGUUGUUUUCUACUCAAAAGAAUAAAAAAAAUGUUGAAAAUCACAAAUUAUUUACAA